AAGCCCCGGGAGGCGGGGCAGGGCCGGGACUUUCCCGGGGCAGCGGCGGGAGCGCGGCGCCGAGCGGGGCUGGGGCCGGAGUGAGGAAAAGGAAUGCGGAGAAAGAGAGCGUGCCCUGCUCCGCUCUGAUCCUGCCCCUUUGCUAGAAGCCUCCGGUGCUUUCCCGCUGCCGGGCAGACCCUGACCCCGGCGGGACCCGUGUCUGCGGCUGCUGGCAGUCCCCGCGGCGAUGCUGGGGCUGGACGGGCUGCUGAGGCCUGCCUCUUCCUCUGCGGCCGGCGGCCGGCCCCGCGCCGACAUGGACGAGCACUUCCAGCCCUGCCUGGAUGGGAUCGACUACGACGACUUCAAUUUUGGCACCCACAUGAUGGAGCAGAAGGAGCCCCUGAUGCAGACGGAAGGCCCCUACCUCAUCAUCAUCGAGCAGCCGAAGCAGCGGGGUUUCCGAUUUCGGUAUGGCUGCGAGGGCCCUUCACACGGGGGGCUGCCGGGAGCAUCCAGCGAGAAGGGGCGCAAGACGUACCCCACCGUCAAGAUCUGCAACUACAUAGGGAUGGCCCGGAUCGAGGUGGACCUGGUGACACACAGCGACCCUCCCCGCGUCCACGCCCACAGCCUGGUGGGCAAGCAGUGCAACGAGGCCGGCAACUGCGUGGCCAUCGUGGGACCCAAGGACAUGACCGCGCAGUUCAGCAACCUGGGUGUGCUGCACGUCACCAAGAAGAACAUGAUGGAGAUCAUGAAGGAAAAGCUGAAGCAGCAGAAGAUUCGCAACACGAAUAGCCUGCUGACAGAAGCCGAGCUGCGAGAGAUCGAGCUGGAGGCGAAGGAGCUGAAGAAGGUGAUGGACCUCAGCAUCGUGCGGUUGCGCUUCACCGCCUACCUUCGUGACAGCAGCGGGAACUUCACGCUGGCCCUGCAGCCCGUCAUCUCGGACCCCAUCCACGACAGCAAGUCCCCUGGAGCUUCCAACCUGAAGAUCUCGCGGAUGGAUAAGACGGCAGGCUCGGUGCGGGGCGGGGAUGAGGUCUACUUGCUGUGCGACAAGGUCCAGAAAGAUGACAUCGAGGUGCGCUUCUACGAGGAUGAUGAGAACGGCUGGCAGGCCUUCGGGGACUUCUCCCCCACGGACGUGCACAAGCAGUACGCCAUCGUCUUCCGCACGCCCCCCUACCACAAACCCAAGAUCGACCGUCCUGUCACCGUCUUCCUGCAGCUGAAGCGGAAGCGAGGGGGGGACGUGAGCGACUCGAAGCAGUUCACCUACUACCCCGUGGUGGAAGAUAAGGAGGAGGUGGAGAGGAAGCGCAAGAAAGUCCUGCCCCAGUUUCCCCAGCACUUUGGUGGGGGCUCGCACAUGGGGGGAGCCGGCGGCGGUGCCGGGGGCUUCGGAUCGGGAGGAGGUGGGAACCUCAGCUUCCCCUACUCGCCUGGGCUGGCGUACAACAGCAUCUACUCGACCGGCCCGCACCCUGUGGGGGGGUACCAGGGCGGCGUGCAGAUGAAGGCCCCCAGCGUGGACGGGGAUGAGGGCGACAGGCAGGUGCCUACGGACAGCAUAUACUGCAAGGAGCUGCAGAAGCACGCCCAGAUCUGUCACCUGUGGAUGCUGGCCCUGGCGCGCCGCAACGCUCACGCCCUGCUCGACUACUCGGUCACCGCAGACCCCCGCAUGCUGCUGGCUGUCCAGAGGCACCUGGCCGCCUCGCAGGACGAGAACGGGGACACGCCUUUGCACCUUGCUAUUAUCCAUGAGCAGACAGCUGUGAUCAAGCAGCUGAUCGACGUGGUCAUUAGCAUCCCCAGCCCUCAGAUCAUCAACAUCACCAACAACCUGCAGCAGACGCCGCUGCACUUGGCGGUCAUCACCAAGCAGCCCCAGGUGGUGCAGCUCCUGCUGCAAGCCCGUGCAGACCCCACCUUGCUGGACCGCUACGGCAAUUCCCUGCUGCACCUGGCGCUCCACACGGGCGAUGAAGAGAUGGUGAGGACGCUGCUGACCCACCUGGGUGCGGCUGCCCCGUACCUGCUGCGCCUGCCCAACUUUUACGGCCUCCUGCCUGUGCACCUGGCUGUGAAGGCGAAGAGCCCGGCCUGCCUGGACCUGCUGGUCAGGAAGGGGGCGGACGUGAACGCCAUGGAGAUGCAGGGCGGGAGGACCCCGCUGCACCUGGCCGUGGAGAUGGAGAACCUCAACAUGGCCACCCACCUGGUGAAGAAGCUGGGAGCAGAUGUCAACAGCCGGACCUUCGCUGGGAACACCCCCCUGCACCUGGCCGCCGGCCUGGGCUCCCCCACGCUCACCAAGCUGCUCCUCAAAGCAGGGGCAGAUGUGCAGAACGAGAACGACGAGCCCAUCAGCCCCUCCUCAUCGGAGGCAAGCAGUGACACGGACGCCGACCCCGAGGAGCAGGAGGUGAGCAUGGAGCUGGGGGAGCCGUCCCCAGCCACGCUGUGUGGCCCCAGCCCCCAUCCUGACCCUGAGGAGGAACAGGAGGAGACAGGGCCCCGACCGCGCCGCUGCCACACGCCGUUGGACCUGACCCGUAGCCAGAAGGUGCGGGACAUCCUCCUGCAAGCCUCCCAGCCAGGCCCCAAGGCGGAGCUGACCGCUGUCCCCCGUGCAGGGAACGUCCUGUCCCUGGACAACGACGCGCUGCAGGGCUUGGAGCAGCUGCUGAACCAGGACAGCAGCGGGUCUGACUGGAUGGAGCUGGCCAAGCGGCUGGGGCUCUGCAGCCUGGUGGAGACCUACAAGGACACCCCCUCGCCCAGCGUCAGCCUGCUGCGCAGCUACGAGCUGGCCGGGGGCAGCCUGGGAGGGCUGCUGGAGGCGCUGGACUCCAUGGGGCUGCGCAAGGCCGUCAGGAUGCUGCGCAAAACCGAGGCGCAGGAGAAGCUGCAGAGCACAGAGAUCAAGGAGGACAGCGCCUACGGGAGCGAGUCGGUGGAGGAGGAGCAGGUGCCUGCCCUGGCCCUGAAGCCAGGGCCGGUGCCAGCAGGCGAGCUGCCCCACAGCCAGCAGCAGCAGGUGCACUGAGGGGCCGGGGGGGCCGUGCUGCCCCCCGCCCUGCCCAUCCCAUCCCACACAAGUGCCUUCUGGACUGGGAGCCUACGCCGCAGCCCCGGCUGCCUGGACGCUCGGGGGCGGGAUGCAGCCUGCCCCGGCCCCUCUCUGCUCUUAUUUAACGGUCCCUCCCUCGCCUGGUGAAUAAAGGGACACGGUUUCCA